GAAUUUUUCUGGGCAAGGGAGAGAAAAUCCAGAGCUGCUUCAAUGGCGGACGACGAAGGGAAACAACACGGAAGUCAAGAAGAAGAAGAAGACGACGACAUAGGAGCAGAGGAAGGAAAUGGCGGGCCUGCGCAUCAUCCGUCGCCGCCGCCUGAUGAGUUGUUCGACCUUUCAACUACUGUUGAUCCAAGCUAUAUAAUCUCAUUGAUAAGAAAACUCCUUCCAAAUGAUUCAAGCAAUGGAAAACGUGACCAAAUAAGUGAAGAACCAUUUCACCGGAAAAUGGGUGACGAUCAUGUCGAUAAAAGUUUGGUACCCGAGUCUGGAAGUGGGUUUUCCGACACUUUUGAUGGGUCUCCAGAAAGCAUGGACAAAGACAUUGGAGGUAACAACGAUGAAUCAGCUUCGGAGAGAGACGGGAAAAAGCUAAGAAAAUCAUCAGUGGAAGAGGCAUGGGAAGAGCACGGUUGCGUAUUGUGGGAUCUUGCUGCUAGUAGAACUCAUGCUGAGCUAAUGGUGGAAAAUCUAAUCCUGGAAGUGCUUUAUGCAAACCUCAUGGUUUCAAAAUCGACACGUGUUACAGAAAUCUGUCUGGGGAUUAUCGGAAAUCUUGCCUGCCAUGAGGCACCCUUGAGGCGUAUAGAAUCUACAGAUGGACUCGUUAAUGCAAUUGUCGGGCAGUUGUUUCUUGAUGAUACCCAAUGCCUAAGUGAAGUUUGCAGGAUUUUGACUUCAGGUCUUUAUGGAGCUCAGUGCACUUUUUGGGCCGAGUCCUUACAGUCUGAAGAUAUUCUUCAGCGUCUUUUAUGGAUUACCGAGAAUACAUUGAAUACUCAGCUUAUUGAAAAGAGUGUUGGGCUAUUAUUAGCCAUCUUAGAAGGUCAACCAAGCGUGCAACAUUUGCUGAUUCCUCCUCUAAUGAAUUUGGGUUUGGCAAAUCUCUUGAUCAAUCUUUUCUCUUUCGAAAUGGACAAGAUGACGGAGAGAAUACCUGAAAGGUACCCUGUUCUUGAUAUUAUUCUCCGAGCUAUUGAAGCCCUUUCUGUUAUAGAUAUCUAUUCUCGGGAAAUCUGCUCUAGCAAAGAAAUUUUCCAACUAGUCUGUGAUCUUGUGAAACUUCAGGAUAAAGCCGAGGUAUCGACAUCUUGUGUUACUGCUGGAAUUUUAGUUGCUAACAUGCUGUCCGAAGCAGAUAACCUGGUUUCGGAGGUAUCUCAAGAUUUUUCUUUCUUAGAAGGUGUUUUCAGUAUUCUACCAUUUGCCUCGGAUGAUAUAGAAGUAAGGAGAGCUCUCUGGAACGUUAUCUCGAGGUUACUCGUAAGAGUAAAUGAAUCUGAGAUUACCAUAUCUUGCUUACAUCGGUACGCAAUGGUUCUAGUAAGAACUUCUGAUAUCAUAGAAGACGAUCUUCUCGACCUCCAACCCGACGAGCCAAACGAGGAGCUGGAGAGCUCGGUAUCUCCCGAGAAAAAGCCGACCGCCCGGUUUAUAGCAAUUCGGAAGGUUGUGUGUGUGUUAGACAAAUGGAAAGUUAACAAGGAGAGUAUAGAGGAGGAAAGCUUGAACGGCGGCUGCUCUGUGAAUGAAGUGGACGUCGAAAGACUGUUAGGUUUCUGUCGCAGAUAUGUCGGGUAAGUUUUGCAAUUAUCUCACUCAGCAGCAGUUCACUUUUCGCUGGAUUUUUUUUUUCUCUUUUGAUCCAUAAAAUCUAUAUAUACAUAUAUAUAUAUUUAUAUAUAGUAUUGUCCAGAUCUUGUUCGGAUGAUUACAAAAGUUUUGAAUCCAAAAUCCUUGGUACGUUUUUUUUUUC